AUGCAUAUGUUGGAUCUGGUCACCGAUAUCGUGAUGGCGUCCUCGUCGAGCCAAAUGGAAAUCAGCGAACCAUUCCGGACCGAGGACCUCUCGAAGACGGAUUUCUUCGACUUCGUCACCGGCUCCGCCCCGGACAUGGCCAUCACCAGCAGCAGUAGUGGCGGCAGCAGCGGUAACACCAGCAACGGUGGAGGUGCCAGUGUGGCGAUGCCUGGUGGCAACUCCGGCAACACCUCAGGCUCGAGUCGAACCCUUUCGAGUGCACUUCCGGGAAUGACGGGGACGACGGUGACGGAUCGACCGCCGGGUGGACGAACGGGUGGUGGGAACGAGGGGACGACGAUGGACGUAAGCCGAGGUCAACCCACCGCCAGCAACACUGGUCCCGUCCCCGACAGCAACGAUCAGCCGCUGCAAGGAUUCGAUCAGUUCUGGGGCUCGGAUAAAGACCCCAACCGUCUCGAUCCUGCCAUGUUCGAGGACCUCAACCGCUACUGUUGGAUACAGCAGAACAACAACAAUAACACUACCAGCAACAACAACAAUAACAGCAGCAACAAUGGCACCCUCGCCAACCAGGUGGCGGAUACCGAUGGCCAGAUCUACACCCUAACAGUAUUAAACGGAGCACCCGAGCCGUGGGUCCUAAGGAAGGACCCAUCCACCUCGGAACCGUCCGCGCCCGCCUCCAACCUCGAUCUCGACACGAUCCUCGGUGGCUUUCCGGGCUACGUCAAGACGGAAUGCUUUUCCUACGAUGACAGUGGCUUCGGCACGGAUCACCACGCUAAGGAUGACCAACACCACCAGCAGCAGCAGCAACAACAGCAGCAACAGCAACAGCAGCAACAUCAACAUUUACUUGUGCAACAGCAGCAUGCACAUCAUACACAAACACAGUCUCAACUGCAGCAAGUACAAGUCCAGCAGCAGCAACAGCAACAACAAAUGCCGGUCACGUCCUCAAGCAUCGUGCUGUCGAGUAAUCUGCUCGACCCGAACAGUGUGCUGGCGUACCAGAACAACAAUAACAACAACGACUGGCAAAUGUCGGACCACAACGUGAUCCAGCAGGAUACGACCGCUGAGUCGCUACUUCGCAGUGCGCUGCAGGGUAAGGGCUACACCAAAGGCACGAGUUUGCAGUUGCCAAACGGAACGGUUACUGUCCUACCCGCGCCCGGUCACAUGAAGGAUGACGAGCUGAGGAGGGUCCUCUAUACAGCCGGAGACCCAUCGGACUCUCUCGCCGCCUACGCCGACUCCACGCUGGCCAGCACCAUCUACGACGAACCGGUGCUUCACUCGCCGGUCUCCACAAAUCAACCCAAUUCCUCCCAGCAACAGGUGCAACAACAUCAGCAUCAACACCAACAACUCUCGACGGGGGACAUCGGGACAGACACGGGAACGGGUCCAGGCAGUGUGGUGGUCGACGACAUGUUCCUCACCCUUGACGCUGCCUUCCCGGACGAUUACGAGAAGUUGAAGCGGAUAGCGACGGAAGUGCAGCAGUUUUGUACGGACAACAACAACUACACGGAGAUCAUCGUCGAAGCCCCGGCGCUCGGGAAUGGUCCCUCGCCUAGUAGCAACAACAACAACAACAACAACAACCACCUCCAUAGUAACAACGCCACAACGGUUCUAGGGCUAGGACAAAAUCAUCAACAGCAACAGCAGCACCAUCAACAUCAAGGGGCGUCCCCAGCGAUGGUCCUAUCGCCGAAUGGGAGCUUGAACCGGCAACCGGUGUCGACAACCACAUCCUCCGACGUUGUCACAACAACGUCCACUACGAAAGCGAAGGCACCGCGUGUCAAGAAGAACUACAAACGAUCUCUCAGUAACAGUACCGCCAGCAACAGUGGCUCCCCGAACCCGACCAACGGUGGUAACGGACCCCUCAGUGGCCCCAACCUGGCCUGCCUUACCACCAACAACAACAACAACAACACGAGUAUGUCUAACCUCAACACGGUGGCAGGGACUCCGGGCAUGCUGAGUCCAAACAGUGUAACCGGAUCGGGGAGUAGUACAACGACGACGACGACGAGCACUUCCACAACAAGCCCUACCCAGUGUGGCAAUGGGCAGCGUAAGGAGCGGUCACUGCACUACUGCUCCAUCUGCUCGAAGGGCUUCAAGGAUAAGUACUCGGUCAACGUGCACAUACGAACGCACACCGGCGAGAAGCCAUUCGCGUGUUCACUCUGUGGUAAGAGCUUCCGGCAGAAGGCUCACCUUGCCAAGCACUAUCAAACACAUCUCGCGCAGAAGAACCCGGCCGGUGGUGCCGUUGGGAAGCAGAGCAAACAGAGUCGGAUAUCGGGGCCCGCACUUCCGGAUCCUACCGGGCAGCUGGCCUCACCACUACCACCACCACCACCACCUUCAUCCAAUCCCGCACCUGCCCAAUCGGUGUCGAUAUCGCACACCGUCGUUUCCAGCAUUCAACCCACCGGUCCACCCCCGCCAGGGGUCACUGGCAUUGGACCACACAACCCCCAACCCCAGUCACCCCCGAUGCUGCUCAACAACACUGCCACAAUCGUCGCGAGCAGGUGA